AUGGUGAGAGAACAGCAAUUGGCGAGUUGGAGACAGAGUAUAGCCAAUGAUGUGCAAGUGCAGAAGAAGAAGGAAGUGGAAGCCUUGGAAAUUAGAAGAAGUAUGUUAUGGCAGGAACGAAGGGUAGAAGAGAUGAGGAGAGAAGUAGAAAGGAGACAGAGGGAGGAGAAAGAGGAGAGAUGGGAUGAGAGGGUUAGAAAGGGUGGGAAUGCAGGGGCAAUGGAGGAGUUGCAUAGGAAGAUGUUGAGUCGGAUGCAGGAUGAGGCGAGGAAGGGUAUUUAA